AUGGUCACAAGCGGCAAAGAUGGAAGUGUGAAGCAGUGGAACUGCACGCCAAACUCAGUCAGCUGUGUAAAAACUCUAAAACACAGUGGAUCAGACAGUUCAAAAGAUGAAGUCAGCGACUGCUCAUAUGCUCAGCUUCACAAUGUGUGGUACAUAAUAUCUGUUGGCUGUGACAGACAGAUCAAUAUUUUCCCGGUAAGGGUUCAGCUGGACGCAGUGAUACCAGAAGAACAUUACCCACAAUGCACCUCAAUUAACAAUAUGAGAAAUGAUCAUGCAGUGGGAAGUUUUUGUGUAGCAUCAAUGCCUCCAAACCUUGUGGCUACAUCCAGUUAUAAUGGGGAAAUCAUUGUAUGGAAUCUGGAGUCUGGCCAUAUUCUGUGCCAUCUAAAUGUGUCCGAAUGUGAGGAACUGGAAAAUGGAACAGAUAAUCUUAUUGUUAACAAAGUUGAGUUUAUUCGCUCGAGAACUGAACAGAAAGACAAAUCCGCUGUUUUAGUUGCUAGCGGCCCAAGAGUGCUGCACAGCUGGAGAGCACAUCUCAGGGACAUCACCAGGGUGGUGGCAGUAGCUGAGCACAAGAUGGUUAUUACCUCAUCAGUAGAUUCCACCGUCAAGCUCUGGUCAAUGCGAGGAGAACACAUUGGAACGUUUGGUCAAACAAAACCGUGGUCCAUCAAGAGAAUGGCAUUCUCAAAAGAUCAAAACUGUGACACAAGCACGGACUCUCGGGGGCAGCCACCACCGCCUGAGUUAGUAUCCAAGCAGGAUCAGGACUGCCGACAAGAAGUGGACAGAAACCUGUGCGUUCCUCUGGAGGCAGAAAAUCAGACGGCCUUUGGUGUCUCAGUACCACUUGAUGAUAAAGACAUUGCAGAAGAGCUGAAGAAUAGAGCAUUAAACUUGAAAAACAGAGUGAAAACCACCAAGCUGAAACAAGCUGACCUCCAGCAAGCUUGUGGGAGACUCAAUGCAUACAAAUCCCUCCAAAUCUGUGAUUUAAUGACUUUGUCAACCACCAUCAAGAAGCCAAAUCCAGCAGCAGAACUCAAUGACCCUUAUGACCUGACAUUUUGAUUUGGUCCUCUCGCUUGAAUUAAAGACUACAAGAAGAGGGAGGAUGGUGAUAAACCUCUUACACAGCAAACCAAACAACCCAUGGAAAUGGAUAUGCAGGGCAUGGC